AUGCUUGCACCUUCCAUCUCCACCCCUUUGUUGCUCACGAACGCUGCUCUCUUCAUCUCUCGCUACUCAAAGGCUUUGUUCUGUGUCGACUGCGCCGCCACUUUCUGGCACAAAAGACACAUACAGCACGAACUCACAUCUAUCAAGAUGCAGGACAACAUUCUAGUAGAUUAUUCGUGCACUCAUUUUGCCGUCCUACCGGCUGAUGUUUCUCUGGAGAACUACGACUGGCUCUUCAACGAUCUUCAUUCCGCCGCAGAGAAAGACUUGAUAUCUCUCCGCAUCACAUCUCACCUAGCUCUACCCCAGGCCUGCCCAAACCCUGCCUGUCAGCACUUUCGUCUUAAGCCAUGGACUGAGCUCAUCAGAACAGCUGAGAGCGAAAUAAAUGCAGCGCUGAGCGAGACCAGGAAAGCAUACAUGCGCUACGGCCACGCCUAUCAUUUAGAGCUGAACCCGCGCAGCAGGGUCAGGUGCCUAAGAGACCCGGACUGCGCGCUGGCGCACAAGCAGUUCACUCUGGAAACAAGAUCCCUCCACAGCGAUCCUUUCUUCAUGGCGUGGCGAGCCCUAUACUCGGGCUACAACAAGAUCAAAGUCGUGAUUCAAAAUCCCUACAAUCUACUCUCAUUCUCAAACGCCGAGAGAAUAGCCAAGAUCAUCAACGAUUGUCGUUUUGAGAUUAGCAAGAUCGAGUACCUGCUAAAUCAGCUCUAUGCCGGUAUUAACAUCUUCCGAAGUGAGCUCACAUCUCUCCAAAACAACAUGGCUAAGCGCAAGAAUAUAGUCAUUGCAGAUGGAUUGCCGGUGGUGUCUCCUGCCGACAAAGCGAAACUCAAGUGCUGUUUAGCGCGCACACUCGACAAUUUGAAUACAAACGAUGGGAUAAUCAGCGUAUCUAUGCCUCUUGACGAGUCAACGGGCAAGACAACUGGUCUUGCAUUCAUUGAAUUUUGGACAUCGAAGCAGGCUACCAUUUUCGCAGAUGUCGCCAUGGCUGUUGGUGGCACACGGCUAUACGAAAAGCACCGGGUGACCUUUGCAGAGCUCACAGACGUCUCGCGCUUCGACAAGCUCGAGAUCGAUGAAUUUCGCGAUACAGAUAUGAUCUCAUCCAGCAGUCAAGGAGCCAUUGACGAGAUGAGAAUGCACAUGAGGCAGAAAUCUAUGGAAGAACUGUCCUAUGAAGACGAACAUGCUGACUAUGCCAAACUGGGCGGAUCAGCUUUGCAGGAGUGUCUUGCUAAGAACAAGAGAGCUCGUUUGCUGCGUUAUCGCAUGAACCACUGGGGCAAAAAGCUCAUCGACGAGGCUGAUGUCCACGUUUUCGGUAAUGCCAUGUACAAGAAUUGGUUGAAGCCUAGCACCUUGAUAUCUCUGGCACACAGGCAGGUAUUCAGGCACACUAAUAUCUUGCGCACAGGUCGAUUGCAUUCAUAG